CUGGAGGGUGGGUUAUCUUCAAAAAUGAGUUUCUUACUUGAACAACAACAAAAAAAGGGGCGAACUCUUAACACUUUAAGCAAGAUAAUAUGGCCUCUUCAUCUUUUACAUCGCACCCAUUUCUGUCGACUCCAUUCUCAAGAAGUCACCAACAUCAACCCUCACCAUGUUCAAAAACACCACCACCAUCUCAACCGCCAAAUACUCCGGCGUCCCAAACACCGGUUGAAUUAAGUUCAACUUCCUUUGAGAAACCCAUAAAACCUAUAAUAGUGGAAAGAAAUACCGGUAAUAAUGAUAGUAUAAAAAAGGCAGGUGGUGUAGACUCUACGGAUUGGAUAGCUUCUUCGUUGACAAGGCGUUUCGGGCUGGGCGCUGGGCUUGCUUGGGUUGGAUUUCUUGCUGUUGGGGUUAUAUCUGAGCAAAUCAAAACUCGUAUUGAAGUUUCACAACAGCAAGCUAACACAAGGGAUUUGGAGACGGAAGAGGAGGUUAUAUUACCAAAUGGCAUAAGGUACUAUGAAAUGAGAAUCGGUGGAGGUGCAAGCCCAAGAGCAGGGGAUUUGGUAGUGAUAGACUUGAAAGGCAGCGUCAAGGAUAGCGGGGAAGUAUUUGUUGACACAUUCAGUAAGAAUAAGAGAUCACUAGCUCUUGUAAUGGGAUCAAGACCAUACACAAGAGGAAUGUGUCAAGGAAUAGAAUAUGUAGUAAAGACAAUGAAGGCAGGAGGUAAAAGAAGAGUUAUAGUUCCUCCUAAAUUUGGUUAUUGUGAUAAUGGUACUGAUUUUGGUUCUGAUAUCUCUAUUCCUCCUUGUGCUACCCUUGACUAUAUUGUUCAAGUUGAUAGAGUUUCUAUUGCACCUUCUUGAUUUUAUUCUUUAUUACUGUAUUAAACAAACCCUAUUUUUAUUGAAUUGUACAUUUUUUCAUUAUACAACAUGAUGUGAAUUUUACAAUCAUGUAUAUGUAUUAUUUGUGGUUAAGUAAAUAACAGUUGAUUUUCUGGGUAA